AUGGCCCUCGUGGACUACUCUGGAUCGCAGAGCGACCAGACUAGCGAUUCCGAGUCCUCUGGUAGCCCCGCGGGAGACGUUCUGUUGGACGGCGGCACCUCGAGGGAGGUCGCUGCGCGCGACGCGCAGGCCGGUCCGGCAGCAAAAGGCACGGGGCAGAACCAGAACGAUAGCGAGAAGCGCAAGAGGCGAUUCGACAGCGUGACUGGGUCCGCCGUGGCCGCGGGGCCGCUUCGCGAGAAGGCUAGCAAGGGCAACGACGAGCGUAGCAAGCCCGUGGCGGCCACCGUGAGCCCCUCGGGCCUCAUGGUGCCACCGCAGUUGCGAGGGAGGGCGAACGUGUCGACGGAGGACCUAGGAAACAUGGGCUUUGUGCGAGCGCCGGGACACGGGCGCGCCAAACAGGGGUCGGGAGCGGGCGCGGGCGGACGCAAGCCGAGCUGA